UUGCACAGUAGGGCAUGUCACAGGACAACUGGCCCCUGUAAGUGAAGUGAGUCCAGCCCAGGUGUGUCUCAGGUUGAUCUGAUUGAGAGGGCAGGGUGGCAUGAGAGGUGCCUGGCUGUGAUUGGAGGGGUCAGUGCUGGGAGGAUGACGCAGACUCAGACUGGCAGAGGGGCUAGCCUGCUGGUCUUCCCUAGCCAGAGGCUGAGAUGCCUGGAAGGCCUCCAGCUGGAAUGGCUGGGCUGGUUGUUCAAUGACAGGCUGGGUGAGGCAGAAGAUGCCAGAGGUGAGGUCUGAGGAAGUUCCGAAAGAAUCAAUCCAGGCCAGAAAAUUUCUCCUCACCCUUCUUUCGCUCACAGUAUGGAUAGAGCAGGCUGUGCAGGCACAAGUUACCGAGAAGAUGCUGGCCCUGAACGUCUAUGUGCUCUUGUGGGUAUUUGGCUGCAUUCAUUUUAUAGAUGCUGAGACCAUAACUGCAUCUCUCACUAGAGGAGGCCCAGCAGAUACUACAGCCACGCCACGAAUCACAGCCGGCGUCACAGCAGGUAUCAUUUCCUCACCAUCGCCAGUCCCUGCAGGCCAGCACCACAGCUCAGCUUCAAAUGUGUUGACUUUAAUUACACCAACUCCCAGGCCCUCAAAGCAGACAACAACAGGCCAUCUGUCUGGCCCACCUGAUGGAAAAUCAAAAUCGGCAUCAACAUCAGCUGCAGUUGGUGCUUCGAAACAAGUGACCUCUACAACCAUCGCCUCUGACUGGAGCACCGGACCUUCCCUCCCCGACCCUGCCCCAACGGAGGAGAAAUCAGCUCUGACGAUGGCAGCGUUUGGUGUCAUCAGCUUCAUAGUCAUCCUGGUAGUUGUUGUUAUCGUCCUGGCCAGCGUGGUCAGUCUGAGAUUCAAGUGUAACCGUUCCAAAGAUGCAGAAGAUAAACAGAAGCCGGGGAGCUCCGUGGUAUCUGAAAGCAGUUGCUCUCCUGCUACAGCCAAGGACAGCAUCACUCUGAUUUCCAUGAAGAACUUAAGCAUGAACAACAGUACAAGUUACCCCUCUUCGGAAAAGGUGUUAUGAAGACAGUGACAUGACAGGAGCCACGAGGAAACACUACUAGCUAAUCAGCGCUGACUUUCUAUUUUGGCAGGGGGAGGCAUUCCCUUUAUAAGUUAUUACAUCCUUUCCAAUCAAUAUAUUUACUCUAAAAUCAAGCUCAAUAUCCCGAUGUGGGUCAUAAGAGUUUUCUCCAGCUGGAGCCAGCCUCUCACCAAUAGGCAUACCAAUUUCAGUGUAUUUUAGCAGCUCCUAGGGGGAGGAGAGCCAAACCUACAACUUCACCAAUGACACAGGCCGCUCCUUUAAUGACCCUUUGGCAUCUGUGGCAGACAAUCAUUGGCUUGCCCCACAGCUGAUCACAAACAUCCCAGUUCAGCUUUGCACUGAAAGGCAUGAUCCAAAGCCCAUUGAAACAAACAGAAAGAUUCCCAUUAACUUCAGUAGGUGUGGAUCAGGUCUGAAGUCAAUGCUUAAGUGCUUUGCUGAAUUGAGGCAUAACUGCUGAUAGCCCUUCUCCGUGCCUCAAUUUUCCUAUCUAAAGCAGGGAUGAUAUUUACCUACCUCACUAGGGUGUUGUGAGGCUACAUUCAUUAAUGCCUGGAAAGCAGUUGGAGAUCCAUGAAUGAAAGCUGCUGGAGAAGUGCAAAGUAUUUUAAUUAUCGUUUUUAUGAAUUAAACUUCAGCCCAUCAGACACGUUCCUAUGACUAUAGUAAGCUCCCUGCAGGGAAUAUCCAUAACCCUUCCUUGAUGGCAAAUGUGGUCUCCGAGUAUAUGAUGCUUCCAACAGGUCUGUGCUCUGAUCCCUUCUGAAUGGGGACAGCAACAUCUGUUAGAUGAAAUGAUUCAGUUACUUGGAAUAACAGAAGUAAAGUCACUUUAACAGAA